GCAAAACCCUGAGAACUGGAUCCUGACUUUUGUGCCCCUUUUUGCAAACCUUGAGAUGCCAAACCCUGACCCGACCGCGAUUUAGCCCGCCCUGGGAACCCUGGGAUUCCCUGGCUUUCCCCUUAAAGCUCUGAGAGUCCUGGCCCGUUUUUUUGUGCCCCUUGUGGUUCUCCUUGGUUGCCCUUAAAACCCUGACGUCCGACCUCGAUUUUUGCCGAUCAUUAUUAAAGAUAGAAUAAUUUAGGCCUAGUCACAAUCGGCCUGAGUUGGGCGUUCACGUGGACGAGAACGCCAUGAGUCAUCAAACUGGGUAAGCGCUAUUAUGGGCUAUCAUCAAUUGACUUUGACGAUAAAUCUUGGUAUAAUUUGAGAAUUUUGGAUUCUCGUACUGGUACUCGUACUAUAUAGUUGAAUAUGCAUAAUUACUAUACUAAGUAAUUGGAUCGACGUAGAAUUUGGAGAUGAUCGCGAAGUAGAUCGACGCGGAAGCAGUACUAGCUAGUUGUAUCUAGUGAGAUCACAAGAUGAAGAACGCAAGCAGCUUCAAACCUUCUUGGGAUCGAUGAAGUGAGUUCUGCGCUGACUUGUCGGUCCUGAUGUUUCUUUUCGCUCGCGGAGAAAAAAUGGUGGCCGAUAUGUAGAAUGCAUGCAAAGAGCUAAGGUAUAAACUGGCUAAGUAAACAACUCGAAGAGCAGUCAUCGAGGCGCUCCAGCAACAGGCAAAAGGCUACAACUCCGAGACUUUAGCUUUUGGUGGUGUGGUUGGUGGACGUCCUCGUUGGAUAAAGGCGAAUGAGAUCAUGGGAAUGGCAAUGAGAAUGCGGCAAAGAAACUUCUUUUAAUACUGGGUAGCGGUAGUUACUCUUGGAUUUGUUCGAGAUUUACGGAAGAGACUGAGACUCAAAACAAGAAUAAAUUGAUAUAACUUGUUAGAACGUCUUCUACAUGAUCAUCCUCCUAAGCCCUAGCCCUAGCCCACCUGAGUUGCUCUCGUAUGCUUGGUUUUUGCUCAAACUACCCUCUGAAGACAACAUCACUUUUUGAAGCUGUCUUACCCUUGCAGCUGCUCAUGCUCAUCCUGGGGAGUAACUAAUUUUGACUUCUGUUUGACGUCAAGCAUGUAAUUGUAUUUGUAGCACUAUUUUGGCCCAUUCAUAAUGAACAUCAACUCCAUUGUUGUUUGCGGAUAUUUUGAUCCUCACCAUCGAUCCUCUAGCACUAGCUUUAGACUUCUCCUGGGAGGCGUUUGAUGUGCAGUUGACUACCAUCACCUUGUCAUACUCACAUCAUGGCUUUUGAUUUGACUCCUUAGAAAUGCAAAUGGUUCUUGGUCCUCACCUGCUCACGACGAUCUUGAAACUCCAAGAGUCUGAGAUUUGGUUUAGCGCGUUGUUUUCCUCACCGAUUGUUAGUCGGAGACGAUGACGAUGACAGAGCUGUCUCUUCAUGUGUAAAAAAUAGACAAAUUAUGAGUUCUUGCAGAAGUAUGCGCCUGUCCCUUCAUCUGAUGCAACCUAGUAGUAGAAGAACUACUAGUAUCUAUAAGAAAAAGAAACUGCGUCAUCUCAUGUGCAAUUUAGGGAUAUGCUUCUCGUCGGAUCGUGGUGAAUAAGUCAAACUUCUAAUGAUGCCUUGAAUUCUCUGAUCCUGCAGUCCUCUAAUUUGAUACAUUCAUCAUGGAUAUCUCUAACUAAGGGUGGAACCCAUGGAUACGAUGUGUUUAGGAAAACGACAAGGCUAUGCUUCCAUGGAUCCGAAUGCUUCUCCCGGCAAAACCCUUGUUGUCAUGAUCUGGCCUCUCUACCGAAGGUCCCAUUUGUCAACUGUGGAGAAGGUGGAAAGUCCCACUGAGAUAAAAAUUUUUAACUCACGCAGUUGUAGCGCCUGGCCGUUGCGCUUCAGGCUUCCCGCGGGGUAAUUGAAUGGAAC